AUGGUGGGUAAAGCUGUGGAGAUCAAGGGGGCAAUGGAAAGCCCUGCCCACAGCAUCACCAACCCAACCUCCCUCUCCCCACCUCCUCUCAUUGACCUGUUCCCUUCCACAACACCCUCUCAGCUGGAUCCCAUCAGCCUCUCUAAUCACCCUCAGCUCACCAUCUGUGGUAACUGGCUCGCCGCUGGUCUGGAGUCGGGAGGAUCCUUCAACUCUGCCUUCAGCCACCAAGUCCCAGACUCCACCAUGGCUCCUAGCUCCCUCAUCUCCACCAUGGCCCAUCAGUCCACCAGCUCCACCAGGCUCCAUCUUCCCUUCUGCCUAUGGCCUUGGUCACUCGUCGAUAUCCACCCGCCCAGGACUCCACUCCCUCAGGCCCUCCUUCCCUCUAGUUCCACCUCAGUCUUGUGUCGCUCUGGCUACACCGCAGCCUUCCAGAUCCCCAUCUCUGCUUCGAUUGCCAGCACCAUCUGCUCCGCCUUGGACCUCUGGAUCCUUGGUGUCGCCCUGGCUCAUCAGCUCUACGUCUCUGCCUCUGGUUCCUCCACCAUCUGCUCCGCCACCAUUGGUCAGCCCCCUGGAGUUGUCAGCCCUUCAUCACCACCCUGGAUCUCUGUUAGUCGUCCUCCACCAGAAUCUCCACCUGUCUGUUGUGUUGCAGUGGCUCCGAGGUUCACUAAGAUUCCCACGGAUCAGAUCGGUGUGUCCGGCGGAGUCGUGUCGUUCGUGUGUCAGGCCGCAGGCGACCCCAAGCCUCAGGUGUUCUGGAACAAAAAGGGCAAGAAAGUGAAUUCUCAGAGGAUCGAGACCAUAGAGUUUGAUGAAGGGGCGGGAGCAGUGCUGCGUAUCCAACCGCUCAGAGCGCCGCGGGACGAAAACGUUUACGAAUGUGUCGCCAAAAACACUGAAGGUGAAAUCGCCGUGACCUCCAAACUGUCCAUCAUCAGAGAGGACCUGCUGCCCUUCGGCUUCCCCAGCAUCGACAUGGGUCCGCAGCUGAAGGUGGUGGAGCGAACCCGGACCGCGACCAUGCUGUGCGCCGCCAGCGGGAUUCCCGAUCCCGAGAUCUCCUGGUUCAAGGACUUCCUGCCCGUGGAGCCGGCGCUCAGCCAGGGCCGGAUCAAGCAGCUGCGAUCAGGUGCGCUGCAGAUCGAGCGCAGUGAGGAGACCGAUCAGGGGAAGUACGAGUGCGUGGCGUCUAACUCUCAGGGCGUGCGCUACUCGUCCCCUGCUAACUUAUACGUGAGAGAGCUGCGAGAAGUUCGGCGCGUUCCCCCUCGCUUCACCAUCCCUCCCAUGAGCCACGAGAUCAUGCCGGGCGGGAGCGUGAACAUCACCUGCGUCGCGGUCGGCUCUCCCAUGCCCUACGUCAAGUGGAUGCUGAAUUCGGAGGACCUGACGCCGGAGGAUGAGAUGCCCGUGGGACGAAACGUUCUGGAGCUGAACGGCGUGCGCGAGUCGGCCAACUACACCUGCGUCGCCAUGAGCAGCCUGGGAAUCAUCGAGUCCGUGGCGCAAGUCAUUGUUAAGUCUUUACCCAGAGCUCCUGGUACCCCCAUCGUCACGGAGACGACCCCCACCAGCGUCACCAUCACCUGGGACUCUGGUAACCCCGACCCUGUGUCCUAUUACAUCAUCCAGUACCGUGCCAAAUCCCCAGACAGCAAGUAUGAGACGGUGGACUCCAUCACCACGACCCGCUACAGCAUCGGCGGCCUGUACCCUAACACCGAGUACGAGAUCCGUGUGUCCGCGGUCAACACCAUCGGUCAGGGGCCGCCCAGCAACAGAGUGGAGGCUCGGACCGGAGAGCAAGCGCCCGCCAGCCCGCCGCGGAACAUCCAGGCACGCAUCCUAUCACAGAACGCAGUGAUGGUGCGCUGGGACGAACCGGAGGAGCCCAAUGGUUUGAUCAAAGGUUAUCGAGUUUAUUACACCAUGGAUCCUUCGCAGCCAAUGAGCCACUGGCAGAUCCACAACGUUCAGGACAGCAUGAUAACAACCAUCCACAGCCUUGUGCCAUCCGAGACGUACACCAUCCGUGUGCUGGCGUUCACAUCCGUGGGAGAUGGACCCUUCUCUGACCCCGUCCACGUCAAAGUGAGACCUGGAGUUCCUGGGCAGCCAGGGAAGUUCAAGGUGGGAAGAGUGACUGACACCAGCGUCGAGUUGAGCUGGGACCCUGCAUACUCCAAGGAGCCCGUGAAAGCCUACGAACUCAUCUACAAAGCUCCAGAGCUUGGCAUUCAGGAAAAGAGGAAUUUUGAGCCCAGAACCUCGUAUGUGGUGGAGGGUCUGCGUGCCAACACUGAAUACACCUUCUCUCUGGCUGCUGUUUCCAACAAAGGUAUCGGCGCGUUCACCAACGAGAUCAACCAACGCACGGCACAAGCAAAGCCCUCGUCUCCUCCGCGUGAGCUCCUCUGCUCCAGCACCGGCUCCACCUCGCUGACGGUAAGUUGGGCUCCGGCCCCGGGGGACCAGCACAAUGCGGCGCUGCUCUGGUACGAGGUGUGUUAUGGGGUCAGCGGCGGUGACUCACGGCAGACGCUGCGUCUGGAGCCGGACUCGGGACAGACGCUCCUGACGGGUCUGCGGCGCUGGAGUCUGUACCGCAUCACGGUGAGGGCGAUCACGGAGCGGGGCAGCGGACCGGAGAGCGCAGCUGUAGAGUGCAGAACAGAUGAGGAUGUGCCCGGAGCUCUGCCCCGUCAGGUGGAAGUCCAGCCAAUCAACAGCACGUCUGUCAAAGUGUCGUGGCGCUCAGUGUUGCCAGGGCAACGGAAUGGGCAGAUCCGCGGUUACCAGGUUCACUAUGCGCUCGUGGAGCACGGGGAGUCACAAGACCUGCCGCGCAUCAAAGACAUGAUGCUGGACGAUGAGCAGAGGAACACGGAUGAGACGGCGCUGUACGAGCUGAUGCUGGAGGAUCUGCAGCCUGAGACGCUGUACUCCAUCAGUGUGGCAGCCUACACCAUUAAAGGUGAUGGAGCCCAGAGCGUCGCUCAUCUGGUGCAGACGCCCAUCGCAGUACCUGCUCGCCCCGUUCUGUCCGUGCAGCUGGUUAAUGAGACGUCCGCUGCACUGAUCUGGACUCCCCAACAAUCCUCUAACCCUCUGCUGGAGAUCCUGGGCUUUCGUCUGACCUAUGGCCUUAUAAACGCCUCUCAGUCUGUGUCUGUGGAUUUCAGACCUGAGGAGCGCCAACACAGCGUGACUGGUCUGCGUCCUGGAGGUGUUUACUCAUUCCUCCUGGCCACUAGAGGCCGCUCUGGUUACAGCGAAGAGGCUCAGGAGGAGCUUUCGGUGCCCGAGUUUCGUCCGAAAGGUUUUCCGCAGCUGUCGGAGCACAUCAACGCCUCCUGCUGCUCGCUGCAGAUCACCUGGCUUCCUCCGAACGGCUCGGAAGGGAACGCCAUUUUUACAGGAUACACGCUCUCGUAUGAGGAAGCAGGUGCUAGUGUUGAACCGCAGACACUGAUGGUGCCCGCAGAUGUGUCCAGCUACACCAUUCACGGGCUGAAUCCUGACCGGGCGUACGCUGUGAGGAUAUCGGCUCAGAACAGCGCUGGGUCAGGCCCGUAUAGCCCACAGGUGCUGUACCGAACGAUUGACACAGACGUGCCGAGGAAUUUCUCUGUCAAUCUGGCGACGAAGACGAGCGUGUUGCUGACGUGGGAGUUUCCGGAGAGCAGCGCCCCCUAUCGCUUCACUGUGGAGUACAACCGGCAGAAGAUGGAGGUGGACGCACGUCUCAGGAAGGCUGUGAUCCCAAACCUGCAGCCGGACACCAGCUACGACUUCAAGAUCACCAGCCCCGAGGGGAACAUGGGUGGACUCAGACACCGCAUUCACGCCAAGACAUCUCCUCCCAUCCUCAUCCGCCGGCCCGAGGUGGACCACACGCGAGAGACCGAAGCCACGGUCACCAUCAUACUGCCCUCGCUGGACCCCCGGAGCAGCGUCAGGAACAUCUACGUGGUGGUGGUUCCUCUGAAGAGAGCCAGAGGAGUGAUCCGGCAUCUGAAGAGCCCAGACGAGAUGGACCUGGAGGAGCUGCUGAAGGACAUCAGUCAGAAGCAGCGAGACCCCCGUCAGCGUCAGGUGGACCUCAGGAGGGCGUACAUCACCGCCCGCUUCACACCCGCCUCCCUGCCCGCCUUCUUCACUCUCGGAGACCAGCUCGACUACGGAGGCUUCGAGAACCGAGCGCUAGAAGCGGGUCAGGAGUACGUGUUCUUCAUCCUGGCAGAGCUCAACUCCACCACCGGGAAGAUGUUUGUGGCCAGUCCUUACACUGACCCGGUGAUCGCGCCGGACUCGGACCCUCAGCCUCUGGACGCGGGGGACGGUCUGAUCUGGGUGCUGGGACCCGUGCUGGCCGUGAUCUUCAUCAUCUGCAUCGUCAUCGCCAUCCUGCUCUACAAGAAUAAACCCGACAGCAAACGCAAGGACUCUGAGCCGGGCACCAAAUGUUUGCUGAAUAAUGCAGAGAUGAUGGCACACAACCCCACCGACCCUGUGGAGAUGAGACGCAUCAACUUCCAGACACCAGGUAUGAUGAGUCACCCGCCCAUCCCCAUCUGUGAGCUGCCCGAGCACACGGAGCGCCUGAAGGCCAACGACAACCUGCAUCUGUCUCAGGAGUAUGAGUCGAUUGAUCCCGGGCAGCAGUUCACAUGGGAACACUCAAACCUGGAGGUGAACAAGGCGAAGAACCGCUACGCUAACGUGAUUGCGUACGACCACACGCGUGUGAUCCUGGCUCCGACAGACGGCAUUAUGGGUAGUGACUACAUCAACGCCAACUACAUCGACGGUUACAGGAAGCAGAACGCGUAUAUCGCCACCCAGGGGCCGCUGCCGGAGACCUUCGGGGAUUUCUGGAGGAUGGUGUGGGAGCAGAGAGCCGCUUCAGUGGUCAUGAUGACCAAACUAGAGGAGAAAUCACGGGUCAAGUGUGAUCAGUACUGGCCCAGUCGGGGCACAGACUCGUUCGGGGCAGUUCAGGUCACUCUGCUGGACACCAUGGAGCUGGCCACAUUCUGUGUGAGAACCUUCUCUCUGCACAAGAGCGGCUGUAACGAGAGGAGAGAGGUGCGGCAGUUCCAGUUCACCGCUUGGCCUGACCACGGCGUUCCCGAAUAUCCCACUCCAUUCCUGGCCUUCCUCCGCAGGGUCAAAGCGUGUAACCCGCCGGACGCCGGCCCCGUCAUCGUCCACUGCAGCGCUGGAGUGGGCCGCACCGGCUGCUUCAUCGUGAUCGACGCCAUGCUGGAGCGCAUCCGUCACGAGCGGACGGUGGACGUGUACGGGCUCGUGACCCUGAUGCGCUCGCAGAGGAACUACAUGGUGCAGACGGAGGAUCAGUACGGCUUCAUCCACGAGGCGCUGCUGGAGGCCGUGGCCUGCGGGAACACGGAGGUGGCGGCGCGCAGCCUGUUCUCAUACAUACAGAACCUGUCGCAGGUGGAGGCCGGAGAACACGUGACCGGCGUAGAGCUGGAGUUCAAGCGUCUGGCCAACAGUAAAGCACACACCUCCAGGUUCGUCAGCGCUAAUCUGCCCUGCAACAAGUUCAAGAACCGGCUGGUGAACAUCAUGCCGUACGAAACCACCCGCGUGUGUCUGCAGCCAAUCAGAGGCCUGGAAGGGUCGGACUACAUCAACGCCAGCUUCAUCGACGGAUACAGGCAGCAGAGGGCAUAUAUUGCGACGCAGGGGCCGCUAGCGGAGACCACGGAGGACUUCUGGCGCAUGCUGUGGGAACACAACUCCACCAUCGUGGUGAUGCUGACCAAACUGCGUGAGAUGGGACGGGAGAAGUGUCAUCAGUACUGGCCAGCCGAGCGCUCCGCACGCUAUCAGUACUUCGUAGUGGAUCCCAUGGCAGAAUACAACAUGCCACAGUACAUCCUGAGAGAGUUCAAAGUCACCGACGCCAGGGACGGACAGUCUAGAACCGUCAGACAGUUCCAGUUCACCGAUUGGCCAGAACAAGGAGUUCCAAAGUCAGGAGAGGGUUUCAUUGAUUUCAUUGGACAGGUGCAUAAAACCAAGGAGCAGUUUGGUCAGGACGGCCCAAUCGCAGUCCACUGCAGUGCGGGUGUUGGGCGUACGGGUGUGUUCAUCACGCUCAGUAUUGUCCUGGAGCGGAUGCGUUACGAGGGCGCUGUGGACAUCUUCCAGACGGUCAAAAUGCUGCGCACCCAGCGGCCAGCGAUGGUGCAAACUGAGGACGAGUAUCAGUUCUGCUAUCAAGCCGCUCUGGAGUACCUUGGAAGUUUUGAUCACUAUGCAACAUAAGAAGAACACCACCCUGUCCACCACCUUCCCCAUGUCUCAACAACCCCACAAACACCCGCAGAGGAACCACGACACGUCAAACACACGGACAGCGACGCAGAGCAGACGUUCUCUCAAUGCAAACUAUUACCUCAGUGUUCAGAUAUUGAUAUUAAUGUUGUGGUCAGCUUUUUAGAAAUAUUAAACCCUGGAGGAAGAUCUUCUUCAUUACAAAAGGAAAAUAUUACAUGUACAAAAUCUAUUUAAAGCAAACUGAGAAAAAAAAAGAAACUUUGAAUCAAAAGCCUGAAUAAUUGCUGCACCCUUCAGUGGGAGUUUCUUCGAACUGUCUUUGCCAAUGUCAGGCGUGAAUGAGCGAGAGCCCGUCUGUGCCUGAGAGUCAUCGUUCCAUCCCGAGCGAACGCCGCAGAACGGAAGCAGAUCUCUUACCUUCUGUGCCUAACGGAGCGACCGCAGAACUGCACCAACGCCGGACAUCAGCACACGUGACAUCAUCUCUGUCCUGAUCCUCGGGAGCUGUGCACGAGACGGACUGAACUCUGUGAAUACUGUAUUCGGUGUGUCUCUACAUGACUAUAUGCUGCUUAAACCGUGUUUGGAGGCCGAGGGAGUUUUCGAGGCUUGAAUCUUGUAUCUGUAUCAUGUUCUUUUGCUUCUUUCUGCUGUGGCAUAAUGUACUCCGCUGUGUCUUUAUGGUGGGACGACGGAAGAGCCUCGGUUCUUGGGUUUAUAGAUUAAUGCACGUUCUAGAGGAAUUGCAAGAUUCAUUCCCCAGUAUUUCUAGCCAUGCAUCAAACACUAGAAACAUCUUCUGAGAUGGUUGCAUUCUCCCUCGAUCAGAUCUCACCCGGCCGAGCCGAACCCGCCGAAACUCUUCCCGUCAUGUUUAGUUUAGCGCAGCCGUGAUGUUUAGGAGUAGCGCAGGAAGCGACCGGUUCUGAGAUCUCCACCUGAGACGUGAAGUGAGCCUUAUCGUUGUUGUCAAAUAUCUAAUCGACCUGAUUUUUUUAUUUAGUUUGUUUAUAUUAUGCUUGAAUUUUUAAGGAUCUAUUUAUUUAUAUGAUUUUUAUGGAAAUCUAAUUGGUGAGCUGUGGUGUAGUUGGCCAGCUAAUGUGACUGUACACGGCUCAGAUGUACAGUGUUGUGCUUCGUAACCCUCUCAGAUAUUUUGAUAUUUCCUGUGCACUGAUUGUUCUAGAGGAAGCUGACGGGCCGCGGCCCUCCGGGGCCCAAACCUCACAGAAACGGUCGUGAAGUAUCGCUCCAUCGCAAACAAAACACACGUGUUCUUAGACAAUACACAGGUUUCUCAUCAGCAUUAUCAGUCAAACGAAUGGAGCAGAAGCACACGGAGAGACGAUAGCAGCCUCAGGUCAGCGUACAGUGAUGCACCGCCGGACACUGCACUUGAGCACAAAUCCACCACAGUAAGACCUGAGUUAAUAACAGAGCUGCAGUCACAUUCACCAUCACAGUCAUUUCAGCUGGAAUCCACGUGAUUCGGAUGAGGGCCACAAAUCUCCAGGUUCAGAUCUUGGUCACGUGGAUUCACAGCGGUGACCAACAAAAAGAUGCUUGGUUUAAUCGUGACUUGCUUGUGAGCUGUGCUUUUUACAUCACAAUAUAAUUCAUCAGAAGCUCAUUUCUGCCACGGGACAUAAAAAUAAAGAAGGUAAUUACGACUUUUCUUCUCACAAAGCUGCCAUUUUUCUCACAAUUGCAAAUUUAUAUCUAAGUUAUAAAUUCGCUACUGCAUUUCACAAUUUUUGGCGGGAAAGUCAGAAUUGUGGGUUAAAAAGGUGCAAUUCGUUUUUUUUUUGUUUUUUUUUGUUCAGUCAUGGAAAUGGGCUUUUACUAAAAGGACAAUAGAUCCUUUUUACCUGUAAAUGUUUGCUAAUGUGGCUGACCACACUCUUACACAAUAUUGCUGAAAUUAUAAUCCACACUUUCUGUACAUUUGAGAAAAUGAUGCUUCUGUUAAUGGUCCAGAUGAAUGUGGUAUCAGCAUCACUGUACCGUAGUACGAGCUCAUCCUCGUCAAGAGACGCUGAUCUGCAGGCUUUCUCUCUUCAUCAAUUAAAGCACACAGACGGGAUUCUGCUGCUGGUCUCAUUGAAAUAUUCACACUUUCAGAUGUUCCUUUAAUGAUGAACGCAAUCAGACUCAGUGUGACGAGUGCUGCAUACAGUACAGUAGUGUUUCACUUUCUCUGCUUAUUGAUUUCAGAUCAUGUAUGUAGAUAUGUCGACUUUGUAUUAAAAUGAACGACUGGAUAUACU